GGCAGCAGCCUUGAGAAAGUGUCAGCUCCCGUUCUCAUAGCAGCGUCCCCUCCUGGUCAGUGACAAGCACCAAAGCCCUCAGGAGAAAGCAAACAGAAAAAACAAAAGUGAAAACGGAAAAGGGAAAUUCUCUAGAGGAUGGUGAUGAAAGGAAAGCCUGGGCAUGGGCUCAUAAAACUGCGCACCCAGCAGCACCCCAGGCAAAGCAACCACCACCACCAAGCCAGACCAGACACUGGUGGCUCCUGCACAGCGCCUAGAGCUCCACCAUGGCUAUACCUGGAUGUGCACAGCCCUGCCUGUGGCACAGCACCCUGAAACUGCUGCUCCUCAUCGUGGCUCUCACCACUGGCCUCCCAUGCCGACACCUGCGAAGCCACAAUCCUGGAGAGACAUUCCAGCUUCUGAAGGACAUGGCUCCAAGCACAACAGAGCCCUGCAAUCUCCAGAACCCACCAUUCUUUAAUGCCAGCCUCCUCCCCAACAACCUCAGCCCUCAUCAAGCUGCCGCCACCGCCCUACGCAUCCUCCAGCACCUCUUCCAAACCCUCAGCUCCAACAGCGCCCGCCAGCACUGGCCCAGCCACGCUCACAACCUCCUCCUCAACAAACUGGAUCACCACAUCCAUUACCUCAAUCAAUGCCUCCCCAACAACGCCCUGCUCGUCAAAGGACCACGCAACACCAUCAACAAGUACUUCAGUGCCAUCCAUGCCUUCCUCCAGGCACAAAACCACAGCGUCUGCGCCUGGGACCAUGUCCGCCUCGAAGCUCGUGUCUGCUUCCAACACGUGGACAAACUCAUACGGCGCAUGAAGCACCAAGCUGCUCUGGACCCCACUAAACCCACGGAGAGCAAACACCCAUCCCCAGCCAGCACCAGUAGCCAUGGAUUGAGUGGUGACAGCAGGAGCCCAGACUGGGAUCACUUGGUACCAAUGAGCUAAUGGGGAAAGGGGUAUGACCGUGGUGGCACUGGG